AGAUAAUCAAAUAAUUAUAACUAAUGGUGGAUUUGUUGCCGAAGUAAUACAACCUAAAUCAAUAUUGGGAGAUUUGAUUUUUAAGAGUAAUAAAAGUAAUGGAAUUUAUGAAUGGGAUAUUUCGAUUGAAAAAUUAUGCGGAAAUAUCUAUAUCGGUAUAUGUGACGUUAAUGAGGAUUUGGAUAAAACUGAUCAAAAAUAUCAUGGAUGGGUUCUUGGAUCUGAUGGUUAUGUUUAUUAUAAGAAAAAAUGGAAAUGGUAUGAUGCAAAAUUUAAAGAAGGAGAUAAGGUUACUGUUCAUUUAGAUAUGAAAAACAGAAGAUGU